AAACUUUUUUGUGGGGAGAGAGGGCAUGUUCCAGAGGGACGGAAAAUAGAUAAUGUCCGGCAUAAAAAAAAGGGGGGAAUUUCCCUCACAGUGUCUUUUUUUUUUUUUUUUUUGAGGGCAAUAGAAUAUGGGCGUGGUUGAUCUCUGGAAGCUAAUUGCCGACAGUGAAAAAAAAUACAGUUUAGAACAACUCAGUAACUGGACCGAAAUAAAAAAAGAAAGAGGAUUAAGAGUCGCCAUUGAUGUUGCGUUAUGGACUUUCCAGGCAAGAGCAAGCGUGGUUGGAGAGUAAAGUGGCCCCCCAUUUAUUAUUAUUAUUAUUAUUACUAUAAAUACAUUAAUACCACUGUAACAAAAAAAUAGCUCUAGUGAAUUAAGAUCAGUGUUUUUUCGAUUUUGUCGGUUAUACGAGUUAGGCAUCCGACCUGUGUUUGUAUUUGAUGGACCGAAUCGACCCAACAAGAAACGAAACAAGAUUAUUCAAACGAUGCCCUUUGAGACCACCUUUGGAAGAGGAUUGAAGGGUCUGAUUCGACUUUUUAAUUUCUCCAUGUGGGAGGCAUAUGGUGAAGCCGAAGCCGAAUGUGCCAUGCUAGAAAGACUAGGGUAUGUAGAUAUGGUAUUUACGGGUGACAGUGAUGUGCUUUUGUUUGGUGCACGACGUGUGGUGAGACAUUGGCCAUCCAAGCGAAACGAGCCUCUAUCAUGUUAUGACCAGACUUGGAUCACAGACAUGACGGGUUGGGAUAGAUCGGACCUGAUUUUGGUAGCUUUGCUUCGAGGUUGUGAUUAUGAUACAAGUGGUACUAGAGGUGUUGGUAUUGGAUUAUCAGGACAGCUUGCCAAAUGUCAUUUUCAUCGUGCAUUGAUGGAUGAUAUUCAACGUUUUGGCAGAGAGACACCUUUGGAUGAGGAACGCGUACAACAUUUGUUUGACUCAUUAACGUAUGAAUUACAUAACAACAGCACAAAGAACCUCAAUCGAAGACGCAAUGUAGAUUUAGACUCCAAAUUUUUUGAUUUUUCUAUUGUCCAAGAUUUCAUUCAUCCAAAGACAAACAUUGGUAUUGCCAAGGACGAAGGCCUGAUGACAGCUGCUAAAGAACUCGAAGCGAAUUUAGAUAGACGACAUGAACCUGAUUGGGUGAACCUUGCUGCAUUUGCUCAACUCCAGUUUAAAUGGCCUGCAGACUAUGUCUUGAAAAGGUUCUCAGCGUUGUUGUACCCAGGUUAUAUGGCGAAUUCUUUACGUAGAAGAAGAAUCCCAACAGUACCGAUACACCCACUUCGAACUUCUUCCAGUGUGAGUAAUUCGCAACCUAGUCGUGUGGACAGGAAACAACGGACGUUGGAUGAAUUUUAUCGGGCGACACCACGGUUACACCAAAUGAGUGAAAAGGGUAGCGAUUUGGUCCAGAUCUCUGGUUCCAAAAUAGCCAGUGACAACAUUAAACUUUAUCGGGUUGAAUGGGACAAAUCCAGUUGGGAGACGUUUCAGAAUAGGCUCAAACUAAAUCUAGAUUUUCAGGCUUUUCGCCAUGAUGUGGUGAUAGACGAUGAUGACGACGAGGCCGUUGAGUGUGGUGAGAUGGUUAAGACGGAUCCUUUUUUGGUUGUUAAGAGACAAUGGGUGGAUGCAGCACAAAUACACAGAAUAUACCCUGCUGCUGCCUUAAAAUAUCAAAACCGACCCAAGAAGUCUGUCACCGCACGACAAUCGAUGGUCGAUAGUUUUUUAGUUCUUCCGCCUAAACGACGAAAAUAAAAAAAUAUAUAGAUCGCAUAAUUACAUGUGUGCCCUUAUUUCAAAAUCAGACAAACUAUAGGACAUUUAUAUAUUAUUGGUUUUUAUUAUACAGUUGUACUUUGUGGGUGCUAUCAAUUUGCACUCCGGGUUUACGCCUACACAACCAGUUGAAAAUCUCCAAAUAUUCCUUUUUCGCUUUAGCAAUUUUUGUGCGACUCACAACAAUCACACGAAAAAAACAAAUAAACACUGC